AUGGCUCAAGCACAUACAGAAACCACGAAGACCCCAUCUUUCCAUAACUUGUCGAGACCAAUCGGUCGCGAGGAACUCUUUGCCUAUACCAAUGGCCAUUUCCUUGUUGACGAAGAAAACCAACUUGAUCGACGAUAUGCGAGAUUUGACCUGGACUCACUUUGCAGUGCUGCUGCCACUGCUGGCGGGCUGUCAUCUCCAAUUACAGCUAUUGAGAAGAUGGAAGGCGGUUUAAGCAAAGCUCUGCUGAUGCGAAAGGAGAAUGGGAUGGAAGUCAUCGCCAAAAUCCCGUUUCGCAUUGCCGGGCCUGCAACCUUGACUACAGAAUGCGAAGUGGACGUGUUAAAAUUCUUGAGCAAGCACACAAGUAUCCCCGUUCCCCGGGUACUGUCCUGGUCCUCGGACAGGUCUAACGCCGUGGGAGCUGAGUAUAUCAUCAUGCAGAAAGCCCCAGGUGUCCAACUUCGUGAGGAAGAGACGAAUAAUUCGAGUCGGAUCCCUCUUGACAGGGAUAUUGAUUCAACAGGUGCUUUCCGCAUCGGUCCCUCUUGUGACCGCAUAUACCAAACAGAGGGAAUUGAAAACCCUGUCUCUAAUAUGCAUGAUAUCGGGCCCUUGAAUACACUUUCAGCCCUGGGGAUAUCUAUCGCAAGAAGGGAGCUGUCUCAAAUCUCCAAUGGAAAUAUUACGAACCAUACACAUUUCUACCAGGGAACAAUUGAAGAACAGACCCAACUUCUAGAGACUACAAUACGCCUCAUGGCGCUUUUGGAUACAAAUAGCAUCCUUUCACGGUCUUCUCAGCCAACACUCUGGCACACAGAUUUACAUAUGGGAAACAUCUACGUCUCACCCGAUGAACACUCACGGAUAGUAUCUUUCAUUGAUUUUCAAGGAGUGCAGGUCUUGCCAGCCUUCCUCCAAGCUCGGUGGCCAGUAUUCCUAAAGCCUAGGCAGGAGAAAGAAUAUGUGAAAGGCCCUAUACAACCGAAGCUGCGGAACCUUGAUCAAUUGUACGGGGAAGAAAGAAGGGCUGCAUUGAACGAAUGGGGGCAAGAAAUGCAAACAAAGGCUUACGAGAUCGCAACGUAUCUCGAGAACAGACCGGCUCAUACCGCUAUGAAUGUGCCACGCGUUUUUCGAGAGCUGUUUAUCCGUUGCGGUGAGACCUCGGAGGUGGGCGUUCUCCCACUCCGCGAGUGUCUUAUAGAGAUAUUCCAGGGCUGGCCGAACUUGGGGUUCACUGGAGAUUGUACAUUCUCCUUCACAGAAGAAGAGAUUGAGACCCAUCAGCGCCAAUUCGCUUAUUAUGAAGAUUGGCACCAAACUCAGACCCUUGCUCGGGAAUGCCUGGAUACCGAUGCAGAAGGCUGGGUAUCACCACAUCUAGAGUUCGAGAACAAACGAAGCCUACUCAUGCAAUUGCAGGACAUGUACAUUGAGGAAAUGGCCGGCAAGGAAACUCCGGAGGAAGGGAAGGCAAUUUGGCCUUUCCGAUUGUGA